AUGAACGCAUUCCUCUACUACACCGUCGCCGCCUUUGUCGCAUACUGCGCACUGACGUCCGCCCUCUUCAUGCUGUCCUUCAUCGUACCCCGCGCGGGCUUCUUUGCCCGCUGUCUUGCCAUGUACAUGACCUUUUUCGGUGCUGCCGUCUUCGGCGUCGUCUCCUCCAUCAUCCUCACCCUACUCGGCCAGCAAAACAUUGCGCAGUGGGCGACGGCCCGCGCCUUUCUUUACGCGGCCCGCCUCACUACCGGUACCAGCUUCGAGGUCGACGAUCCCACCAACAUCCUCGGCACCACCCGCCCCGCCGUCUUCAUCGGCAACCACCAGACGGAGCUCGACGUCCUUAUGCUCGGCGCCGUCUUUCCCAAGUACUGCAGCGUCACCGGAAAGCGCUCCCUCAAGCACAUUCCAUUCCUAGGAUGGUUCAUGACCCUCUCCGGCUCCAUCUUCAUCGACCGCGCCAACAGCAAGGACGCUCGCCAGGCCAUGCAGGGCGCCGCCGACGAGAUCAAGGCCCGCAAGCAGAGCGUCUACAUGUUCCCAGAGGGCACUCGUAGCUACAGCAAGGAGCCCACCCUGCUGCCCUUCAAGAAGGGCGCAUUUCAUCUUGCUGUCCAGGCCGGCGUUCCUAUUGUGCCCUGCGUUGUAGCCAACUACAGCCACUUGCUCUACCCCAAGGAGUAUCGCUUUAAUGCCGGCACUGUACCUAUUAAGAUCCUCGACCCGAUCCCCACCAAGAAUCUCACUUCUGCCGAUGUCGACGAGCUCACUCGUACCACGCGCGAACUCAUGCUCAAGGAGCUCAUGACUCUCACCGCAAAGGCUCGCGGCCAGCCCAUGGCCGUCCCUGCCAACCCGACCUCGGCCAAGUCUUCCGGUGUUGACCUCAAGAAUUGA